AUGGAUGCGAACAGGAGCUUUGUAGAGCAGCUGCGGCGGCGGCACGAAGAGGCGGAAGAGGAAGAGGAAGAGGAAGAUGAGGAACAAGAAGAAGCAAUCAGUGACAGGGACGACGGCUUUCUUGACGAAUUCGUGAGGGAACUCGACGGCGCAUCCUCAGAAGACGAGCAGGCGGAGGAGCAGACGGAGAUGCAGCCGCCGAUGAGCGGGGGUGACGGCGAUGAGCAAGUGGCCAGGGCACUGCAGCUUAGCUCCGCGUCGGGCGUUAGCGCCGCUGUCUUCCACACAUGUUGGCAACCGAUGUCGACGCAAUUUUUGCUUGUAUGCCCCUAUCACGUUUCUGUCCCCGGCGCCUCUGCCGUCGCAUUCCCAUGCAUCGCUUCCUUCAAGGAGGCGGAAUGGCGUCGGAAUCUUCCUCCGCUACCGGGGAUGCAAGUCCCUAGCGACAGGGACGAUGGUAGGCGCGUUGGCAGCAUAAUAUGUAGCGGUUCCGGUAGCGGCAGCAUUUUUGACACCGGGGGCUGCAGCGGGGGCGGUGCCAGCGGCGGCGGCAGCAGCAUCAGCGGCGGCGGUGCCGCUGCUGCUGCGACAGGAGUUGGUGCACUUGCGGCUGCUGGUGGUGGUGGGGCGUCCAGGCCUCCCAAUUGCGGUGUGGUCUGUCAUAGCCCCUACACUGAUGACGAUGACGAUGAAGCCGCCAUCCAGGGGGAUGGAGCCAACGGUGGAAUACCGCCGCAGAUUGCCAUAAAAGGCAGUAACAGAAGAGGCAUAGGGGUCGGAACGACGGUGGGGCCAGGACGGCCGAGGGGAAAGGGGAGCGUGCGGGGGGCGACCCUAGGCGCAUGGCCGCCCGGAGGCCUUGGCGAAGGGGAGGGCCUUCGAGUCAACGAUUUCCCGGACGAAAUCGUCGAAAAAGUCGCUGGGUUCGCAUCUCUUCCUCGGUGUGUGUCGAAGCGGAUAGAGAAGUAUCGGGUCAAGGUUGUUCGGGAACGUGUGUUUACGGCUUUGGAAACGUCCGCAACGCUCCCGGCUUCGAAGGCAAAGGAAGUGGAGGAUGCGAUUUUUGCUCUUUGCGGGGGCUCCGUGACUAAGGCGUACAAAGCAAAGGCCCGAGAGAUGUCGUUCAACCUGAGGGUAGGAAAAAACGAUCCUCUCAGGGAGCGACUCCUGUCUGGAUCCCUUCUGCCGAGUGACCUGGUGCGGAUGAGUUCCAACGACCUGGCCCCUCUCUCUGUUCGACGAGAGCGGGAGAGGUUUGCCCGCAAGCGCAUCCGAGAGGUGAGGUUACAUCGAGCCGAGACAGCCCCUUCCACACGGUGACCGAUCGCUUCGCCUGUGUCGAGUGUGGGCACGAGAAAACGCAGUAUCGCACUUGGAGGAGAAAGGCGGUGGUCGACAGAGUCCGAGUCAUCGUCCAGUGCCUCCAGUGCCGACAUUCGUGGGAGCUCUGAAGCAACUCUCCGAAGACAAGCACGAUAUUGUCCGUUUGGACAACAGACCCUUCGAGAGGCAAAUCGUUUGGUUAGGGGAGCGAAACGCCAUCUACGGAGUUUGUAUGUUAACAACUUGUUUGUGAUCCCCUUUGUUUUUUCCGUGUACGAUGUUGACACAAGAAUGCUUGUUAUGAGCUUGGCGCCUGAAUCCAAGCAUUUGUUUUUAGCCAGCACGAGAGCAACUGCAUGCAUUGCUGCGUGCACCUAGAGCAAUGCCGCCUCCCGCCAUUGCCACACGCUGCCUCCCAUUGGUGGUGCUCGUGGAAGCUGACUGACAGGUCACGUCUUCAAACCCGGCGUAAUAUGAUACCAUUAGGCGGAUAAAGCAAUGGGUGCUCUGGUGUGG